AUGCGGAAGAAGGUCGACGGCCGGAUACGGACGCUGGUCGAAAAUGGCAUCAAGACGCACACGCGCAGCAUGUUCGUCAUCGUGGGCGACCGUGGCCGCGACCAGGUGGUGAACCUACACUUCAUGAUGCACAAGAUCGCCAAUACCAAACCAUCAGUUCUGUGGUGCUACAAGAAGGAGCUGGGCUUCAGCACCCAUCGGAAAAAGCGCAUGAAGCAGGUGAAGAAGAUGCAACAGCGAGGGCAGCUGGAUGCGAAUGUGGAAGAUCCGUUCGACCUUUUCGUUUCAUCGACCAACAUCCGGUACUGCUACUACAAAGAGACAGAGCAGGUGCUUGGCAAGACCUUCGGAAUGUGCAUCCUUCAGGACUUCGAGGCGUUGACUCCCAAUCUGCUCUGCCGCGUGGUAGAGACAGUGGAGGGUGGAGGCAUCGUGUUGUUGCUGCUUCGCACCAUGGACUCUUUGAAGCAGCUCUACAACCUUGCCAUGGAUGCGCACCACAACCUGCGCACCGAGACACACAUCGACACAGAGCCGCGCUUCAACGAGCGCUUGGUCCUGUCGCUGAAGGACUGCUCUUCAUGCCUGGUGGUCGACGACGAGCUCAACAUCCUUCCCUUGUCCCGGCAGGCCAAGGCCGUGAAGUCGCUGAAGGAUGAGGACGAAGAGGAGGGCGACAGCGAGAGGCCCAAGACAGCCAAGGAGAAAGAGCUCGAGGAGCUGAAGGCAACGACGGCCGAAGCGGUUCCUUUGGGGCCGAUUGUGGCCGCUUCAAGGACGCUCGACCAGGCAAAAGCUGUCAUGAGUUUCGUGGACGCGAUCUCGGAGAAGAGCUUGAAUCGAACGAUGGCACUGACUGCAGCGAGAGGCCGUGGCAAGUCAGCAGCCCUUGGCCUGGCGAUCUCGGCGGCCGUGGCCUACGGCUACUCCAACAUCUUCGUGACGGCCCCAUCCCCGGAGAACCUGAGCACUGUCUUCGAGUUCAUACUCAAGGGCUUCGAUGCUUUGGGCAUGAAGGAGCAUCAGGAGUAUGAGCUGGUACAAGCAGAGAACCCUGAGCUCAACAAGGCGCUGGUCCGGGUAAACAUCUUCAAGGAUCACCGCCAGACCGUCCAGUACAUCAGUCCUUCCGAUUGGCAGCACUUAGCACAGGCCGAGCUGUUGGUGGUUGACGAAGCUGCAGCCAUUCCGCUGCCCAUUGUGAAGAAGCUGCUCGGGCCAUACCUGGUGCUCCUGGCUUCCACAGUGAACGGCUAUGAAGGCACCGGCCGAGCCUUGUCUUUGAAGCUGAUCGAGGAUCUGAAAGCCGGCAAGGGCGUCGGCAGCGCCAAGAAAGGGCCUUCCAGCGACCGAACCUUGCGCGAGCUGUCCUUGGAGGAGCCGAUCCGCUAUGCGCCUGGAGAUCCCGUUGAGUCCUGGCUCGGGCGGUUACUUUGCCUGGACGCUGCGCAGGUUCCGAAGCUGCAGAUGAGCUCUUUGCCUUUGCCGGCCGAGUGCAGCCUUUUCUGGGUGAACCGCGAUGCUCUCUUCUCGUACCAUGAAGCAUCUGAGAAGUUCCUCUUCAAGAUGAUGUCGCUUUUCGUUUCCAGCCACUACAAGAACUCACCCAACGACCUCCUGCUGAUGGCGGAUGCGCCGGCCCAUCAUCUUCUUGUACUGCUGCCUCCCAUCGACGCGGCCUCGAACUCCGCCGAGUUGCCGGAGGUGUUGGUCGCCAUUCAGAUCUGUAUGGAGGGUGCUCUCUCGCAGGACAGCGUCAAGGCUUCGCUGAAGCGUGGCUUGCGGCCGUCGGGCGACCUCAUUCCGUGGACGCUGACGCAGCACUUCUUGCACGAUGGCUUUGGGCAGCUGUCCGGCGCCCGAAUCGUUCGCAUCGCGACCCAUCCCGCGCUGCAACGCAAAGGCUAUGCAUCCGAAGCGGUGAAACAGAUGAUUGCCUGGUUCGAGCAAAAGACUCGCGGUGUCGCAUCCUUCGGCGAGGAGGGUUCCAGGAGCAAGAAGAGCAAAGCUGGCGAUGCUUCGGCAGGCAAGCUUCACGAAGAGGAGUUGGCUCCCAGAGAGGUACCACCUCUCUUGGAGGCCACGGCGGAAGUGCCACCGCCCUACGACUUGGGCUAUGUUGGGACCUCUUUUGGUCUCACCUACGAGCUCUUCGAGUUCUGGCGACGCUCCGGCUUCCGCCCGGUAUACUUGCGCCAGCAGCCUCACUCUGCGACAGGAGAGCAUUCUUGCAUCCUGCUCCGCACGAUGGCUCCACUGGAGGGCGAACCGCGUGCAGAGCCGGUUAUCGACCACUUCGUAGCGGACUUCCGCCUGCGCUUCCUGCGACUGCUGCAGGGGCCGUUCUCGAAGCAGCCCACACGACUUGCUUUGUCGGUGGUGGACCCGCCUCCAGCAGACAUCGCACGGGAGGAUGCGGACGGCGAGUCUCCGGUUGAGAGCCAACAGCCGCUGACUGCCGCAUCCUUGCUGCAGUUCCUGUCCCGCGAUGACAUCCAUAGGUUGGAGCAAUACGGCAAGAACCUCGUGGAGUAUGCCCUGGUCCUAGACAUCGUGCCCACCUUGGCCACGCUGUUCCUCUCCAGGCGGAUGCCAGAAGUGCGUUUGUCAACACUUCAGUGCGCCAUUCUCGUGGCUGUCGGCUGCCAGCAUCGAAGCUUCGACGAGGUGGCGCAGGACUUCAAUGCACCGGCUUCACAGUUGCUCGCAUUGUUCAACAAGGCGAUGCACAAGCUUUCGAAUCAUUGUCGCGCGCUUCUGGAGCGGCAAGUUGAAGAGGAGGGGGAGGCGGAGGGCUUGUCCCAACGGCCAAUGCAGUCGGGUGAGGUGGUGGCCGGUGGCAGCUUCGUGAAAGAUUCCCUCAAGUCGGAUCAGGAGAUCGCAGGGCAGAAGGUUAACAAGAAGCUUCAAGAGAAAAGGAAGGACUUGCUGGCGUCCUUGACCAACGAGAGGUUCGCCGUGGCUCCGAGCACGGAAGAUUUUGCCGAAGCGCUUGGUGGCAGCACACCAGCUUCAGGCAUCGUGUCCGUGAAGAAGAGGCAAGCAGAGGAAGCUGGCGCUGGAGGGCGGAAGCCAGGUAAGAAGCCUCGGAAGUAA